AAUCCACUCCCACACGGCCCACCCAAUAAAAAACCGUUUUUGAGGGAAUCUCUCUCUCUCCUCGUAUCUUCUCUCUGGAUUCAUUAGAAAGGAUUCAACAAUCUCUCCUCUCUGGUAGGCAAACCCACCAAGGAACACCUCUCUCUCUCUCUCUCUCUCUCUCUCUCUCAUGGGUGCGGCAGGGAAGGAGGAGGAAAAGCAGGCGCUGAUAUUCACCUACGGGACGUUAAAAAAGGGAUUCUCAAACCACGGCCUCCUGGAAAACAUGUUCGCCACCGGGGACGCCUCCUACCUAGGCCGGUACACAACCCUCGACGAGUUCCCCCUCCUAUGUGGGCCCUUCAAGGUCCCUUUCCUCCUCAACUUCCCGGGCUCCGGCCACCGCGUCUCGGGGGAGCUUUACGCCGUCUCACCGGCGGCGCUCGCCUGUAUGGACGAAUUGGAAGGGACUACUAAAGGCCACUACGAGCGGCUCCCCGUGAAGGUGGAGCCCGUUGGCGGAGGAGGGGAGGAGAAGGCGGUAAUGCGGGUGGAGGCGUAUUACGCGCAUAGGAGUUACGCGGAGGAGAUGUGGAGGAGGGGCGGCGGAGGAGAGGAGGGGAAUGGGGGAGCAUUUUUCGGGAGUUACACGGAGAAAGAGGCGGAAGGAUAUGUGAAGCGCGCAGAUAGGCCUCAGCGCAUAUCCUUCUUGGACCAAAUUCGACUCUUUAUAUCUUCCCCGUCUUCCUCUUCUUCCCCGGCCAACGCCUCCAAUUCAUAUAACACUGAUUAGACACA